AAUAAUUAUAUUACAGUUUACGGGUUAGAUUCAAUCUUUUUCCUUAACUUAUACACACGAUUACAAUGUAUUUUUUUUAGCUAAUUCGACUUGAACAGCCGCUUCACUAAGAGAAGGUGAUUAUCCAGGAGACAUCAGCCUGGCAUACCCCGCGCACGGAUUAACCAAAUAUGUCAACGUGACAUAAGCCACGAGGCCGUGCAAGACACUUCCGUUUAUAAAAACCAUGCGAACACUACACGCGAUCUCUUUUCCCUUUAUUCUCUUCUCAAAGACGUAUCACAUUUUGUAAACCAUCGACAAAGUUAAAAUAAAUCUUGGCAAUCUUAAAUAAAAAAUGGUCUACCGUUCAUUCUGGUAGCCAAAACUGGUGACCGCGACGUGAUUGCCAAGAAAUAAAAUUUCUUUUGUUAUCGCGAGUGCGAGUAUUUCGACGCGAGUGCGUGUGUUUUAUUGUGAGUGUGUGCAUAGUGCGUGUAUUCCGUGAGUGCGAGCGUGCGUCGCCCGACCGAACAUUUUUACCGCCGCGAGUGAAAAUUGUGCCAGUGAAGUGUCCACAGGAUCCACGACGCCAUACGCGACACGCCAUUUUCCGACACAGCGACGCCAUUUUAUUCGUGUCGGUACAGCGCACCAUUUUAUGUCAAUCAGUUCAGCGCGCCAUUGUGUAAGAGCAGACAGCGCCAUUUUCUUCGAAACUCUACAGCGCCAUUUCGGGUUUUCAAAGCACCGUGCAGCGAAACCACGAUUUUACACGUGGCGUAAAAGAUGAUGCAACACAGCCCCGACCUGCAGCGCGCUUCCCUAGCAUUACCGCUCGUCCCAGAGGCGGCUGACAUGAGACCGGCUGAUGUUAACGACGCGGCUGCAGCAGCACCUACGAUGGAGCCCACCGCAGAGCGCCAAGUGGACACAUGCCACGCCCUACGGCUGAAUGUACCGGAGAUGAACACCAACAACCUACCGUCGUCGAACACCAGACCUACGCCACGACCAGCGCUUGCAACACCAUGGCCGAGGUACGCACGACGAACGAUUUCAAAGCACAAAUGACGCGGAAAGUGGACGACCUUAGCCGCCAGCUCAACGAGUUCAUGCGACAGAGCCGCCAAAGCGAUCGUUUCCGGACUCACCCUCGUUCACAGCCACCGACACCGCCACGUCGUGCCGCGCCAGUGGACAGUGCUACUACCAUCGCCGUUUUGGAAGAACAGCACGAUCCUGCCGACAUCCUUGCUCGUAUCCAGCCCCCGUGUCCCCGAGCUCGGGUCAACCGCCGUCAUCAGUAUGAGGAUGCGCCGGGAACUUCGGAUCGCAAGUGAACACCAUCUCACCUGUCACCAACCGGAUGGUGACACUGGACUACCUUAUCGACAUUGGCGCUGGUGUUUCCGUCAUCCCGAAGUCAGCUAAUUACAUCCCCACAAAGCCAUCUACGAUGCGGCUAUAUGCAGCCAACGGUUCGCCGAUAGUGGUAUAUGGUGAGUCCCUCCGUACAAUUGAUCUUAGUUUCUUCUUUGACAGAUCCUAUUCCUUCCUCUAUUUUGUUUUUAUUUUUUUCAGCCAAAUUGUUAAUAAAUAACACGAAAAUAAUUAUAUUACAGUUUACGGGUAAGAUUCAAUCUUUUUCCUUAACUUAUACACACGAUUACAAUGUAUUUUUUUUAGCUAAUUCGACUUGAACAGCCGCUUCACUA